AUAUAUCAGCAUGAUCCAGCCCGCUAAAGCCGCUUUGUGAGUUGUUCUGCUGGAUUUAAACACCCGAUCGUUCAGCUGUUGCGUGCAUGAACCUCUUUUCCAGCUUUCUAUAAAUACCCCUCGCUCAUUCAAUGGCUGACAGACAAGGACAGCUGCAAGCCAACAAUUUAAAGCAGCCGUGUGAUCACCGUCAGUCCCGGUCGACUGUGGAGUGGAAGAGGAGCCCGAGCGGGACACGUUGACGGAGCAACAUGGCUGCCCUGACGAUAGACCCGAUGGAGCAGCCUCGGAUGUACCAACAGACUUUGCUUCAGGACGGACUGUGUGACCUGUUGGAAAACGACAAGUUUGUGGACUGUGUCCUUAAAAUCAGUGACAGGGAGUUCCCAUGCCACCGCUUGGUGUUGGCUGCCAGCAGCCCCUUCUUCAAGGCCAUGUUUCUGUCUGACCUGGAGGAGAGCAAGAAGCGAGAGAUCGUCCUCAGAGAUGUCAACCCGGACGUUAUGGGCAUGAUUCUGCGUUACUUGUACACAUCGGACAUUUCUUUGACAGAACAGAACGUCCAGGAUAUUUUCAUGGUUGCAAACAUGUACCAGAUCCCUUCUAUCUUCUCAGUUUGUGUGUCCUACCUCCAGGAGAAGCUGGUUCUGGGGAACUGUCUAGCCAUCUUCAGAUUAGGGCUCCUUCUCGAUUGUCCCAGGCUGACUCUGACUGCCAGAGAGUUCAUCUGUGAGCGUUACCAGCUUGUUGUCAGGGACCAGGACUUCUUGCAGCUCGGUCCCAGUGAGCUAGCCCUCAUCAUCACCUCAGACGCCCUGAAUGUUGAGCGGGAGGAGCAGGUGUUUGAGUCCCUGAUGGACUGGGUCGGGCACGACCAGAAGAGCCGAGUCAAAGACCUGUCUGAGCUGUUGCAUUGCGUUCGAUUCAGACUCAUUCCCGUGGAUUACUUCAACGAGAAAGUUGAACGUCACCAGUUCAUCCGCUUCAACCAGGAUCUAAUGAAGGAGCUGGAUCUUGUGAAGGAUGCUCACAGGGGGCGUCUCCCAAAACCAAAGAGGCUUUCCACAGAUGAGGCAAAGGGAGGAGAAGGCAGUGAGGAGGAAGAGGAUGAUGAGGAAGGGUAUUUACCAGGCAUACUGAACAACAACCCUCGCUUUGGCAUGUUUGAGCUGGACCUGAUCCUCAUGGUCAGCAACACAGGAACGGUGGCCUACGAUCCGGUCGGAAACGAGUGCUUCAUGGCGUCUGAAUCAACAGAGAUUCCCAAGAACCACUGCAGCCUGGUGACAGAUCAGAACCAGAUAUUUGUCGUUGGAGGACUUCUCUACAACGAUGAAGACAAAGAUGAACCAUUUAAGUCUUAUUUCCUACAGUUUGAUCCAGUCAGCUCAGAAUGGCUGGGAAUGCCCUCGCAGCCCAACCCCCGCUGUCUGUUCGGCCUGACUGAAGCGGAAAACUCCAUCUUUGUUGUUGGUGGAAAGGAGCUGAAGGAGGGGGAACAUGUUUUGAACUCGGUCAUGAUCUACGACAGACAGUCUUUCAAGUGGGGAGAGUCGGACCCGCUGCCCUAUGAAGUGUACGGUCAUGGAACUGUUUCACACAAAGGCCUUGUCUACGUUAUCGGGGGAAAGUCUGAGAGCAAGAAAUGCAUGAGAAGAGUCUGCUGCUACAACCCCACUAAGUUUGAGUGGAAGGACCUGGCUCCUCUGAAGACGGCCCGCUCUCUGUUUGGUGUCACUGUGCACAACGACCAGAUCUUUGUGGCCACUGGAGUCACCGACUCCGGCCUCACCAGCUCCGUGGAAGUCUACGACAUUGCAACUAACAAGUGGUCUGAGUUCACAGAGUUUCCUCAGGAGCGCAGCUCCCUCAGUCUGAUCUCAAUAGGGGGUUCCCUGUACGCUGUGGGGGGCUUUGCCAGGGUGCCCACAGAAACCAGCGAGGAACCCAUCCCAAAAGAGAUGACGGACAUUUGGAGAUAUGAUGAGUCAGAGAAGAGUUGGAAUGGAAUCGUACGGGAGAUUUGCUACGCAGAGGGAGCCACCAUUCUCCCCGUGCGACUAAACACGCUCCGUCUCUCCAAGUUAUAACCAAACUUUGCUGCUGGUGUCAUAAAGGUUAUAAAGGAACAUUAGUGGUCAGAAAAAUGAACAAUUCUUUUGUUAGGUUGCAGGACUGUUUCAUGUUACCAGCAGGGGGAGACAAACUCAAGCUUAGUAUUCUCCAUUUCCUGAUUUGUACAUUUUCUGGCAUAAUUUAUCAAAAAUUGUCUAUAGAAUAAAGAUAUAAAUACUUAUGAAUAAAGCUCAUAAGAAGAAAAUACACUGGAGCCAUAUCCACAGUGCAAAUACAUUUCUUCAUUUGAUCAAUAACAAGUUUAUACAUUUUUUUUCCACAUUUGUACAAUGUUUCCUCAAAACAAACAGGUGACGAAUAAGACACAGCUUUAGGACAAUAACAUUUUAUAUUCCACAGGUGAGAAACACAGUUUAAAGUGUAAACAUUGAAGAUGACACCUGAGCAUCACCACGAAACACAAAACAUCCAUAUUUACAGCUGACAUACUGUGGUGUUUCUGUAUGGUCUCGCUUCGGAGGAACCUUUACUUUUUCAGCUUUACAAAAGCUGGCACCACAAACACAAGACCAGACGGAAAAUAAAGAGAAACACCAACUUGUCUUUUAGCUUUUCAGUUUUUUUUUUUUUUUACAUCUAAUAGUCUUUGCAGAAACUAAACUGUCAUUAAAAAUCUGUCCUGCAACAGUGGUUACAAGUGAAGGUAUGGAAAAUCAUAUUUUAAUAAUAUGUUGGAAUAAAUAGAGAAGCUGACAAAUCAUAGAGUUUUUUUAAAAGGCCACCCUAAAAAAAUCUUUUAGAGUAAAUUAUAUUCAUAUAUAUGAUCAAAUAUUACCCUUGGACACCUAAAGACAAAUUAUUGAUUCAAUUAUUUUCAUGAGAUUUUUUCAUAUCCGGAAGUAAGACGCCUCAAUUUCUGAGGCUACGUCUCUUGCUACUUGUGGAUGCCGCCCAUUUCAUGACGUCAUCCUAGAGAUGGCCCUGGCAUAAUGACUGCGUUUUGCCCAUAAAAAAAAAAAA